GCGGCAAGUUGACAUUAUUACAGUAGCAUGUAUCGGAAGGACGUGCCGUUCGCUGCGCACAAGCUCGUGACGCGACGGAAGCCUCGACAGGAGCUGUCCGAUGAACAACGGAAGGAGCUUGUGGAAGCAUUCGACAUGUUUGACACGAACAAGAGCGGCAGCGUCGACUACUAUGAGCUCAAGGUCAUGAUGCGGGCGUUGGGGUUUGAUGUGAAGAAGCAAGAAGUGGUCAAAAUGGUCGAAGAAGUCGACGUCCAUCGGUCAGGACGGGUGCAUCUGGACGACUUUAUGGAAAUCAUGCGUCGCAAGAUCACGUCGCGCGACCCGGACGAAGAAAUCAUCAAGGCGUUUACGUUGUUUGACGACGACCAGACGGGGGAGAUCACGCUCAAGAACAUGCGGCGCAUUGCAAAGGAAAUGGGCGAGUCCCUGACAGACGACGAACUGCAGGCGAUGAUCGACGAGUUCGACUCCAACCAAGACGGCGUGAUCUCCCAAGAUGAGUUUCUCGCCAUUAUGAAGCAAUCUAGCAUGUAUUAACACAAGGGGGUGUCGUUGUUUCAUCACACUAUUCGCAUAAAUCAGUA